CUCGGUAUGCACGCCUGCUCUUGCCUGUGGAUUAUGGGUACAACUGCUAGCACAGCUCAGCAGACAGUGGCCACAGCAACGUUUGAGAACAUUCACGGCAACGGAACCAUGGAAGACCGCCAUUCCCUGAGCAUCCACUCCUUCCAGACAGUUGGCCUCCACAACAACAAAGCCAAAUCUAUUAUUACUAAUAAGGUGGCACCAGUAGUCAUCACCUACAAUUGUAAAGAAGAGUUUCAGAUUCAUGACGAUCUAUUGAAGGCUGGCUAUACCGUGGGCCGGAUAUCAGAAUCUGCUCCAGAGCAUUACCUUGUACAGGGGAAAUAUUUUAUGGUCCGUGAUGUGUACAGUAAGCUAGAUGUGCUGAACACCACUAGCAGUUGUGGUGCUCCGAACUUUCGGCAGGCCAGGGGUGGGUAUUCUGUGUUCGGCAUGGGGCAGCCCAGCCUCAAUGGAUUCAACCAGGUCCUGCAGAAACUCCAGAACGAUGGCCAUAAGGAGUGGAUCAUGUUAUGUGUGCGUGAGGAACCUGUGCUUUUUCUGCGUGUGGACAACGACUUCGUGCCCUACACCCCCAGAGGAAAGGAGAAUCUGCAUGAAAAUCUACACAGCUUGCAGAGAGGCGUCAAAGUAGAAAACCUGGAACUUGCCAUUAGGAAAGAGAUACAUGACUUUGCCCAGCUGAGAGAGCACGCGUAUUAUGUCUACAACGAUAUUGAGCAUUUCAAAGAUGAGCCUCAUUUGGUGGGCAUCCACUGUGAAGAAGACAUCCAUGUGACUGAAGAAGUUUACAGAAGGCCUGUAUUUCUGCUGCCCUCUUACAGGUAUCAUCGGCUGCCUUUGCCUAUGGAUGGAGCCCCUUCAGAAGCACAGUUUGAUUCGUUCAUCAGUUUUCUCAGGGAGAGUCCAAACCUGCUUCUCCUGCAAGACCCCAGUAGGCCGCCACCUGCUCUACUGUUCAGCUGCCAAACAGGAGUGGGAAGGACCAACUUCGCCAUGGUCUUAGGGACCCUAGUGCUCUAUCACCGCAGGGGGGGUUUGCAAAAGCAAGACCUUCCUCAACCCACUAAAUGCUUGCCAAGGGAUCGCUUUCGGAUAAUUCAGAACUUCAUUGACAGGGUACCAAAAGGCCAGCAAAUAGUGGAGGAGGUAAGUGAUAGGUUCAUAAGUCACUGUUAUCAGAUGCAUGGGAUCAAGUCUUCUCUCAAGUGCGAAACACACCUUGAAUGUUUGUGUGAUGGUUUUUGUGCCUUCCAGGGAAACAGCACCAAAGAGUACUUCCUUCAAAGGACGUUGCAGAGCCUGGAGCGCUAUUUCUACUUGAUUGCUUUCAACUAUUACCUUCAUGAACAGUACCCCCUGGCCUUUGCUCUCGAUUUCAGCAGAUGGAUGUGUCGGCAUCCCGAAGUGUACAGGAUGCUGGUGAACAUGAACCUUUCGGAGCAUACAGUCACAGGGGAGCACAUCACUAAAGGAGCACGGGUGCUGGUGGCGGAUGAACGGUUUUCUCCGGAUGUGCUCAGCACCAUCAAAGAGAUGAGCGUGGCCAAUUUCCGCCGGGUCCCCAAGAUGCCUGUGUAUGGAAUGGCACAGCCCAAUUCCAAGGCUAUUGGAAGUGUCUUAAGCUACUUGACUGAUGCUAAGAGGAAAUAUUCACAUGUGUUGUGGGUUAAUCUCCGUGACGAAGUGGUUCUAGAAGGAAAUGAGCAAACUUAUACUCUCCGGGAGGCUGGCAACCUGGAACAACAGAUAACAGUGCCCACAACAUCACCUGAACAGCUAGAGAAGCUGGAAUCCAUUUACAAGAAUGAUGUGCUAAAGUCCCAGAAAUGGCUUGAGGUUUACCUGGAACAGGAGAAGCAGAUGAAGAUGUUUAAGACCUGCCUGACUAUGCAAGAGAUAUUUAACCAGCAUAAGAGUACCUGUCAAGGACUAGUGUACAAACGGAUCCCAAUUCCAGACUUCUGUGCCCCCAGGGAACAGGACUUUGAUCAGCUUCUGAAAGCAGUGAAGAGCUCUGUGUCCGAGGACCCCCAUACAGCCUUUGUCUUCAAUUGUCACAGUGGGCGGGGAAGAACGACAACCGCCAUGGUUAUUGCAGUCCUCACACUCUGGCACUUUGGUGGAAUCCCAGAGAUCACUGAGGAUGAAAUUGUGAGUGUGCCUGAUGCCAAGUACACGAAAGGAGAGUUUGAGGUGGUGAUGAAAAUAGUUCAGAUACUGCCAGAAGGACACCGGAUGAAGAAGGAGGUGGACAUGGCAUUAGAUACGGUGAGCGAGACGAUGACACCCAUGCAUUAUCACCUGCGUGAAAUCAUCAUCUGCACCUACAGACAGGGCAAAACUGCCAAGGAAGAGAAGGUGAUGCGUGCGUUGCAGCUGAAGAGCCUGCAGUACUUGGAACGUUAUAUCUAUCUCAUCCUAUUCAAUGCGUACCUCCAUUUGGGGAAAAAGGACUCCUGGCAGAGGCCAUUCAGCAUCUGGAUGCGUGAGGUAGCAGCCAAAGCUGGAGUCUAUGAGAUCCUGAACCACCUGGGCUUUACGGAAUUUGAGAACCUAGAGGACAAACUGCUCUCUCAGCUUCGCUAUCGCUGGCAGGAGCAGAGCCAGAGUUCACUGCCUUUUCGUGGAGAGUUAAUUUAGGACCCAGUGUUGCGAAGGGCCAUGAGAAUUGCAGUAUUUCUUCAGAUGUGGCUGAGUCUCUUUCUCUGUUUGCUUUUAUGGAUGGGUGUUUUGUUUUUCUAAAAUAUAUAUAUAGAUAUAUGAAUAAAAUGGAGAAAUGUGCCUUAAAGGGAAGGACUGUGAUCCUAAGGAGACAUCGUACUGCCUCAAAGAAGACAUUUUAUGGAGUUCUUUCAGACACAAUAGAAACACUGUACAUUCAAUUAAUUUUUGACUGGGGUCAUCGCAAAUGCUGUUUCCGUUUUCCACAUCCCUGAACAUUUCAUAGCACAACUGUGACUGGGCAGAGUGCAAGCUUUUCAAAAUGACUCUCACCAAACUGUUGCGCUGCCCUCUGAAAACUCUGUAUAUAUUAUGGAUGGAUGGAUGCAGGAAAUGCAUGGGUAGCAUCGCUGUGUUUGGAAAUAUUUGGUAGGUAAUUCAAGAUUCUUUUAUUAUCUCUUUAAACUUGAAUUGCUUCAUAUUGAUGGCACUCUCUUUAAAUAGUAUUGGAAGCCACUGUUGGCAAAUAAUCGCGCCGAAUCCCUAAAUGGAAUCCUUCCCACUGUGUCUGCAUGCAAGAGGAGAUUGGGAGGGGAAGAUCCUGUGCACCCAUUUUGUGCAUGAUGCUCUUCUCAGUCGGCUGGCCCACAUGCUGCUUGCAUUCACAGGUCCUCCUUCUCUACUAGCCUGGCUGGGAUUUAGGCAGCCAGGAACUGUGUUUUAUAGUGUGUUUUCUUAGAAAUGUGUAGGUUGAAUGGGUUUUGGAACAAGCAAGUACUGCUGACUCCUAAAAGUUGCCUCUGUUCCUGAAAGCAAGGGUCCCACCAAAGUCCCAAGCUAUUUUUACAGCUUCAGAGAACCAAAUGCAGGAAACUAUGAAGCUGACUUAACAUGGUGUCAGAUCACUGGUCCAUCUAGUCUAAUUCUUGAGAGGCUUAUUUGUCUCAACUGUUCAAGCAAUUGGGCAUUAAUUCAGGGGAUCAGAUUGCCCUUGGUGAUGCUUUGGGUACACUGAAUUUUUCUUUGGGGAAAGUCUUUUCUAGUCUCUCUCCCUUCCCUCUGUUCUCCCCACCUGUCAUCCCAGAGGCACAUGGGUAUUGCAAAAGGGUCGUCUUGUCAGUCUGUCCAACAAAGUGAAACAAAAAUUUAGUGGUACCUCUCAAAAGUCUUUUCAGUAUGAGCUUUCAUGGGUCAAAUGGAAGAUGUAAAAGAAGAUGUAAAUAAAUGCUUUUUAGUUUUUAAGGCAAGUGAGUAUUGCUACAGGGUGGUGGAUGUGACUGAGCAGUAGGGUGAAGCCGUCUUAUCCUGCAUCAGACCACUGAUGCAUUUAACACAGUAGCCUACUGUGAGGAGCAGCGGCUCUCCCAAGGGCAACAGGUCUUUCCCAACCCAACAUGAGAUCUGAUAAAGGCCAGGAGGAAGCUGACUAAAAUCGGUUCCUCCCCCGGCCACAAUCUCAGUCUGCCCCUGCUACACCAGUGGCAGCAGGGGCCCUGGGAUACUGGUGCCGUGUCCAGCAGCACAUUUCCAGUGCUGGAGGAGGAAGCAGUGGCAGCCUCACACCAGUGGGAUUGCCCCUCCACCAGGGUAAGUGUCCCAGAGAGGGCGAAUCCGCCAGCGCGGUGGCGCGCUGCUUCCAAGAACAGAUUCAUGCCUCCCCUUUGAAUGGAGCUCUAACUCAUCCACUACAAUGGCUGUGGACAACUGUAAGGGCUAGAAACUUUUUUUUUCUUUUUAAAAUAAAAGCUAUGAUUCUCAAGAAGUUGAAUUGUGGCCCUCGUGUUAUAUGAUGUGCUUUUUCACAAUACAUGCUGCCCUGCAAUUUGAUCUCUUAAAUUUUGGUCUACUCCUUAUGGUUUUAAACUGUGAUAUAAUAACAACAGUUUGCUGGAAAGUAGGGAAGAUAGACUGGAAACUAAGACAUUUGUAAGUAAAGGUACAUAUCAGGGCGUGGUCUCUCAUUCCACUGUUACCAACACUCCUCUACAGACUCUGAGUACCAAGACUGUUUGCUUCUUCCCCAGGAGCAAAGUACUUGGCCGUGAAGAGGGUGCCCCCCCCCCCCCCGUGUAAAAUGUCUGCCGUAUAAUUUUAUUGCUCUAGUGGGAAUAAUUUAUAGAUGAUGUCAUUGAACAGUGGACUUAGUACGAUAUGUAAGAGGCCAUCUCUGUUAGCUUUUUCUAAUACAGCUAUUUGAAAACUGAAAGAAAGGCCCCUGGGAAUAGAAAAGUGGUUAUUUUGAAUAGUCAGAAGACAUAUUCUAACUUAGGACUUGAAAGAAGCUAGUGUUCUUUCCUUGAGAUACCUUGCAAAAAAGCCUGCCAUUUUUAAGCACGUAUUAUAAAACAGAGCUUCUUUUGCAUGUUUUCCCUUUCACUGCCCCUAAAAUGGAAUUGAUGCUGUAUUACUUUGCGAAACUACUGUAUAUUUUGUAUACCGUGAUUUUGUUUCCCUUUCUUAACUUUUUUUUUUGCAAUAUCUUUGUUUCCCACAAUUUUUUGUGUGUCUUCCUUUCUUCUUGGCAACUAUGUUACAUUUACAUUGGGCUGGAUCUACAUUUUUUGGAGGACAAAAGUACAGAAUGACGCCCCCAUAUGUUAUAUACAUAUUUUUUUCUUUUUAUACACGUAUAUAAUCAACACCGCUUUUAAAUGAUAGAAUAAAUUAUGUUGGCCUUUG